CCUACUGUCAAAACUUUGACACGUCAUUGUAAGGUUAUAGGAGUGUUUGUUUAUUUUGUUAAAAUUCUCGCUUGCCCCGUUUCACAAUGUUCAAAAAACUCAAGGAGAAGAUAACUGAAGAGGUAAAAAGCUCUCCUCAAAGAUUCCAGCAAUUGACACAGUCUGUAAGUGACCGGUUACAAAAUUCCUCAACUUCAGACGAAAACUUCUUCUCGAUAGCAGAAGACGAUGCCACACCGUCAAACUCAAGCUUCGAAUCAGGUUUUACCAAUGUGUCUUUAGUGUCACCUCAGGAAAAUAAAAUGCGGCGUAACUCCAACUCUUCGAUCGCUAGCGACGUCUCGUUUUUACCGCGAUACGAGUCUUUCGCCAACAUGUAUCAUCUCCAGUCCGACUUGGACAUCUCAGCUAGCGAAAUUGAAGACAACGCCUCAAAUUCCUCACAGUUGGGACAUUUGAGCAAGGAGCAGAUUUACUCAGCCUUUCAGAAAGCGCAAAUGCGCUACCACAAGUACAGGGGGCGCUACACAGACCUGGCCAAACACUAUAAAGACCUAGAGCGGGAAAACGCCAAAAUGAAAUCAGUAUUAGUGGAAACACAGGACAAGGCAAUAAGACGGGUAACUGAACUCAAGGAACAGUGUGCCUUGGAACAGAAGGCCAAAGCACACUUGGAAAGCGCACUAAGGGACGAAAUCGACGAAAAACAGUUCAAAAUAGAGUCACUCCAAACGAAAAUCGAACUUCUCCAAACGCCUGAAACCGAAAAUCCCGACACUUUAAACAAGUACUUAACGGACGCGAGAGUCGAAAUCGAAAAUCUGAACCAACGAAUCCAGGAAAUGAAAGCCAACUCGAUCAUCUUCCAAACCAAGGAGCAAGAAUACAAAGCGAAAAUCACGAAUUUGGAGAAGGAAAUCGCCCUUUUUUCCGAACGCGAGAAGGAGAAUAAUUUAAGCCUCGCUCAGAAUAAAAUGGAGUUGCACAACGAACUGCUCAGUAAAGACGCAGAAAUCAGCAAUUUGAAGAAAAGUCUCGAAGCCCUAACUGGGGGCACCGGAAAGUUCGAAAAUCUUCAAACCCAAAAUACGAAACUCAUCGAAAAACUUGAAGCCCUAACCCAGAAGUGCAACAACUACGAAAAUAAAUUGUUAAAAAUGGAACAACUCCGACGCGAAAAUGAGGAAAAUUCGAGACUGAAGAAAGAGAUACAAGACAUUCAAGGACAAUUGGAGGGAGUGAGAGAAGAAGCGAAGAAGAGCCUCCUAAGUCUCGAAACAAAAAUCCGGGAGAAACUUGCCAAAGAAUUUGAGGAAAAGGAAGAAAGGCUGAGGAGCGACUUUAGGAAGAAAAUUGAAGAAGUGUCGUCAAGUUCAAGUAACGAGUUCAAUCUUCUUGAAAUGGAGGAAGAAAUUCGCAAGUUGAGGCAAGUUAAUGACGGGAUUUUGGAACAACUGACCUCAAAAACAACGAAAUAUGACGAUUUGGAGCGAAAUCAUCUCGAAUUGAUUGAGGAAAGUGGGCGGUUGAGGAGCCAAAUCGGGGGUUUGGAAAAGGAGUUGGCAACACUGCAGAAUACAAAUCAGGCGGCAAAUUUAAAAUUGGGCCAUUUGGAGGCAAAUGCUAGGGUUCUGGAACGUACCGUGGAGGAGUACAAACGAUUGGAGGCCGAACGUGAUGAUUUACUCCAAGAAAAGAAGAAUUUCAUGGAGGAUUUGGAGGAGGAAAGGAGGAUUAACGAGAGAUUGAAUUUGGAGGUGGAGCAGUUGAGGGACGAAAUGGUGAAGAAGAGUGAUCUUGAACAUAGUUUGGAGGAAGAAAGGAAAGUUACGCAGAAAUUAAACACGGAAUUGGAGAACGUCAAAUGUCACAUUGAAGAAAAGAAGAAAGAUCUAGAAUUGACUCUGGAUGAAGAAAAAGGCAAGUUGCUUCAAAAACUUGAAGAAAGUUCGGUGAAUAUGAAGCAUUUGGAAGAUACGGGUUUGGCACUUAGUGAAGAACUCAACUCUUUGAAGCUGAAGAACGAAGAACUUGCAAAACUGGCUGAAGAAAGGGAUACGUUACUGAAGAAACUUACCGAAAGUGAAGAAACCAAUUCGUUACAAACGCGGAAAAUCCAGAAUUUGGAGGAAGAAAUGGCGAAGAAAGCCGUGUCUUUGGAAGAAGCGAAAAGGAAGAUUCUAGAAUUGGGGGAACAGAACAAUAGUCUUGGACACAACUUGGAGGAAGAAAGAAACGUAAACCAGAAAUUACAUUCGGACUUGGAACACAUGAAACGUCACAUUGAAGAAAAGAAGAAACAUUUGGAAUUGUCUUUGGAUGAAGAAAGGGCCAAGUUGCUUCAAAACCUUGAAGAAAGUUCGAAAACUAUGAAGCAUUUGGAAGAAACGAGUUUGGCACUUACUGAAGAACUCAACGAAUUGAAGAUAAGAAACGAAGAACUUGCAAAAGUGGCCGAAGAAAGGGAUACGUUAUUGAAGAAACUUACCGAAAGUGAAGAAAACAAUUCAUUACAGGCGUUGCAAAUUCAGAAUUUGGAGGAAGAAAUGGUGAAGACAGUGCAAACUUUGGAAGAAACAAAAAGGAAGAUUCAAGAAUUGGAGGAGAAGAACAAUAGUCUUCAACAUAGCUUGGAGGAAGAAAGAAACGUAAACCAGAAAUUAACUACGGAAUUGGAGCACGUAAAACGUCACAUUGAAGAAAAGAAGAAAGAUUUAGAAUCGACUCUGGACGAAGAAAGGGCGAAAUUGCUUCAAAAACUUGAAGAAAGUUCGAAGACUAUGAAGCAUUUGGAAGAAACGGGUUUUGCACUUACUGAAGAACUCAACGAAUUGAAGAUAAAUAAUGCUAAAGUGGCCGAAGAAAGGGAUACCUUAGUGAAGAAACUCACCGACAGUGAAGAAACCAAUUCGUUACAAACGCUCAAAAUACAGAAUUUGGAAGAAGAAAUGAGGAAUUUGUUUGCCAGUUUGGAAAACGAACGGAAGAAUAGUAUUAAGGCGGGCGAAGAACUGGAAGAAAAGGAAGCAAAUUUGAAGAAACUGAAGAUGCUCCUUGAAGAUAAGGAAAACGAUUUUGUUAGACAACUGGACGAAAAGGAGUCGCGUCUUAAGAAAAUUGAAGAAAUGGAGGAAGAAAUUUCUUCAUUGAAGAAACUUCUAGACGAAGCGAAUAAUAAUUUGGCGGUAAAAAACCACCAAAUUGAGAUUUAUGAAGCCGAUCUGAAGACUAAAAACGGCCAGAUUGAAGCACUGUCGAGGAAAAUUGAAGAAUAUAACGACCUAAUUGAAGAACGGAACGAAGGUUUCUUCAAAAUCUUGAGCAACUUUUCCGAGCCUCUUAAUAAUGUUAGGCGUAACAAAGACAAUAAACACUUGUAUAAUCUUGAACAGAAGCUGCAAAAUUUCGAGCAAACAUUCUCCCUUGAGCGCGAAAAUCUCGCCAAGAUUUUAAUUUAUUUGAAGCAAUUUGAAGAAAAACAUUCGGCUUUGGAGGAAGAAAAGGAAGAAUUGUUGAGGCAAAUAACCGAAUUGAGGAAACAAAUCGUUGAAGUAAAUUCGGCUCAAAGUUAUGUGAAGCAAUUCGAGGAAGAAAUUCUUCGAUUGCGGGAAGAAAAUGUGCGAUUGAUGGAAGAACAGGAGAAGUUUAAGCAAAAUGUGCUCGAACUCGAGUCGAGAAAUACGCAAGUUGUGUCUGACAGUAAUUUUCUUUCGGAAGAAAAUCACGGUUUGCUCACCGAAAUCGAAGAAUUGAAAUUGAAGAAUGAAGAAUACGAAACGAAGCAUAAAAAUUUGCUAUCGCAGAUUGAAAAUCUCGAACGUGAGAGUAACCAAAGCCAGUUGGCAGAACUGGAAAAACACUUAACAGAGUUACAGCACGAGAAACAACUCCUAUUGGAGGAAAUCGACGAAUUGAAGACCACGCCCAUUAAUGCGGCCAACAAAUCAGAAGAUUACGUCAAAGAAAUUGAGAAUUUGCGGACGAAAAUCGUCCAAUACAAAUCUCUCGAUUUGACGAAUCGAAGUUCGAUUGAAUUUUACGAAAACGAAUUACAAAAAUUGAAAAACCAGAACGAGAAAUUGAACCGAAAGCUGGACGAGACUCUAGUCACUUUAAAUCAUUGUUCGGAGCUUUCGAAUUCGACCGAAAUCGAGUAUUUGAAGAACGUUUUGUAUAAUUAUAUGCUAGGGAAGGAGAGUAUGGUGUUGGCAAGGGUUAUUGCAGCUGUGUGUAAGUUUGAUCCGCAACAAACCGAAUUAAUUCUAGCGAAAGAGCAGCAAAAGCAAACUUUGUUGGGCCAAUUGGGGAUUCUCUAACAGUAGGUCCACGUUUUAACUUAGGUGCAUUCCGUUUACUCAUUACGUACGAUUUAUUAAGCGAUUUUGUCAGUACUAACGCACUUUUUAUCGGUUGUGUACAUAUUUCGUUGUAUCUUAUAAUAUUUAUGUAAAUUGUUAAAUAAACUAAACUUUCGUAAUAAA